AUGGCGACUCAAGAAAUCUACGCGACUACCAUCAUAUUUACAGCCACUCCAUUGAGCGUCACUCAGACAAGUACGUCUAGUAGACCUACCUUCACAGGCUUUCCUGGCCCAAUUCCAACCGGUUUCCCAUCAAGCAGAUGUGGCCGAAGCAGAAAUCAAACGGGCUUGCCUAUUCCACGAUUCGCUGAGUUGAUGGUGGGAAUAUUAAUAGGCAUCUCUGCAACGUUGCUACUUCUCGGCGUCAUAGUGCUGAUCCGCUGUCUCAAAGCUCGACGUCAGAAGCAAAAGCGAAGCCGGAUGACAACUGAGAAGGAAUGUCUAGAAGAACAAGAUGAAGAAAUAGGGGCCAAGCAGGUUAUUUUGGAUGACGAAGAGAUAUGCGGGAUGAGAACAGAAUCGACAGAUGCUGAAGCAAGAGAGUUAUCGGGCGACAGGUCGCCGCUGGAAUUAAAUGGUGAAGGAAUACCAGAGGAGAAUGACAUUUCUGAGAUGGCUGGUGGUAGUAUAAAACUGGAGAUUAAUUCAGGUAGAAAGGCUCUGGAGGUUUUGAAACAGGAUUAA